UUACACUGGCUUGCAUGGACCAUUAGCAGCGACCAAUCUGAGCAAAGAAAAACCAAAGAGGGGAAAACUGCAGUAGCUCUGCUAUGAAAAUCAGGCAGCAAACAAACUGAGCAAGAGAAAGCAGGGAGGAGAAUAUCAAAGGCCUGUGUGUAGUUAAAAAAAGAGCUUGCAGGGCCACCUGUGAACCCCUUAAAGUAACUGCGUGGAUUUGUGUCCUGGGGAAGAGAAAAACUCCCAGUAGGAAGAGCUGGAAAUUGCUGAGAGCAGGAGGCAAAUAAACCUCCCACCCCCUCCAAGAACCUGGUGUGUCCGUGUGAGGGAGAAAGGAGUUUGAGGGAAUGAAGCUGGAAGAUCCCGAGACUCCGAGAAGAAAAGUUGCUGCGAAGGGGGACUUUGCAGUCUAGAAACCGAGCUUUGCUCCGCGAUGGGCUUUCUGGUUUCUAAAGAAAACCUUCUCCUCUUCCUCUGCGCUAACGUCUUCCCUGUGUGCAGCCACGUAGAAACCCGAGCCCACGCAGAGGAGAGACUCCUGAAGAAACUCUUCUCUGGCUAUAACAAAUGGUCCCGACCUGUAGCCAACACUUCCGACGUAGUUCUCGUCCAUUUCGGAUUGUCCAUCGCGCAGCUCAUUGACGUGGAUGAGAAGAAUCAAAUGAUGACCACGAACAUGUGGGUGAAGCAGGAGUGGUAUGACUACAAGUUGCACUGGGAUCCUCUGGAAUAUGAGAAUGUUACAUCCAUUCGCAUCCCUUCAGAACUCAUUUGGAGGCCGGAUAUCGUUCUCUACAAUAAUGCAGAUGGGGACUUUGCAAUCACCCACCUGACCAAAGCUCACCUUUUUUAUGAUGGAAGAAUCAAGUGGAUGCCCCCUGCUAUCUACAAAAGCUCCUGUAGCAUCGAUGUCACCUUCUUCCCCUUUGACCAGCAAAACUGCACCAUGAAGUUUGGCUCCUGGACCUAUGACAAAGCCAAGAUAGACUUAGUGAGCAUGCACAGCCAUGUGGACCAAUUGGACUACUGGGAGAGUGGAGAAUGGGUCAUCAUCGAUGCUGUGGGCAAUUACAAUAUCAAGAAAUACGAGUGCUGUACAGAGAUCUACCCUGAUAUCACCUACUUCUUUAUUAUCAAGAGGCUGCCCUUGUUCUACACAAUUAAUCUGAUCAUCCCCUGCCUCCUUAUCUCCUUCCUGACUGUCUUAGUCUUCUACCUGCCUUCAGAGUGUGGUGAGAAGAUCACCCUUUGUAUCUCAGUGCUGCUGUCACUGACUGUGUUCCUGCUGCUCAUUACGGAGAUCAUCCCUUCCACCUCCUUGGUCAUCCCCUUGAUUGGAGAGUAUCUGCUUUUCACCAUGAUAUUUGUCACCUUGUCCAUCAUCAUCACUGUCUUUGUGCUCAACGUGCACCACCGAUCCCCCCGCACCCACACCAUGCCCGACUGGGUGAAGCGAAUCUUUCUCGAUGUUAUCCCACGCCUCCUCUUCAUGCAACGGCCGUCGGUGGUGAAGAACUCUUGCAAGAAGCUGAUUGAGUCCAUGCACAAAAUAGCCUCCUCUCCGCAGCUUUGGUCUGAGACCGAAGUGGAACCUAAGUUUACUACAGGCUCUUCAGACAGCCCUCAGAGCAAAGAACCGUCACCCGUCUCUUCCCCCUGUGCCCAUCUUGAGGAGCAAGUCAAACCCCAGACUGUCGGCAAGUCACCUUCUCUCCAGUACUCUGUGCUACACCAAGAGCCAGCACAGGCUAGCUGCUCCUCCCUGCAGCCCCCCUGCCAUCCGCUGAGUGACACCCAGUCCACAUCCAUCUCCAAGAGCAGAUCAUUAAGCGUCCAGCAGAUGUACAGCCCAAAUAAAGUAGAGGAUGGGAGCAUCCGCUGCAGAUCCAGGAGCAUCCAGUACUGCUAUCUGCAAGAGGAGUCCUCCCAGACCAACGGCCAGACCAGUGGCUCUCCGGCAUCUCAGCGGUACCAUCAGAAUGAAAAGCAGCCCCAGAGCAAACCCUCCCAGUGUAAAUGCAAGUGUAAAAAGAAUGUGGCAACCAGCUCUUCAGAGCAAGGAACCAAAACUCUCAGCACCAAAGAGCAACACGUUUUGCUGAUGUCCCCUGCCUUGAAGCUGGCAGUGGAGGGGGUCCAUUACAUCGCAGACCACUUGAGAGCCGAGGAUGCGGAUUUCUCAGUGAAGGAAGACUGGAAGUACGUUGCAAUGGUGAUUGACAGAAUCUUCCUUUGGAUGUUCAUCAUAGUCUGCUUACUGGGCACUGUUGGUCUCUUCCUUCCCCCUUGGCUGGCAGGAAUGAUCUAAGAAUAGCUGUGGAAAGAACAAAGUGCAUCCCAUUCCAUGGAUUUUAGUCCACCUGGAAGGAGACAAGAGGAGAGAGCUGGAGACAGUCUCAAUGAAUAAUUUACUAUGUAUCUGCGCAUGAAUUGUUCAGAGCGCACUGAGGACACCUUCCAAGUUUACAUUAUUCGCCAAGCCAUCCUCAUCUUCUAUAUCUAUUUUAAGGGGGAAAUUAUUAAAAUUUACACCUAGCAUGGUGGCGUUCGUUGACAUAUAUGCUACAAUGUAAGAAAGCAGGUGUGGUCCCUAAAGCAGUACUAACCAAAGCAUUAUUUACAGACCUGUCCCUGGCAAAUUAGGCCUAUUAGUCUUGAGGGCUUUCAGUGUGUCCUACGUAGUAGGGUCGUGCCAUCAGGAUGGAACGGUCCAGGACUGUGUGUCCCUGUAAGAGCCAUUUAAUAAAUAAAGUUUCAAAUUUGGCUUCCUGGGCAAGAGACUGUCUGUGCGUCAGGCAGAGCAGCUGUAGUCACAGAUGGCCGGAUCACAAAGGUUCUGCAUCAGCCCAUCCAUUCUGAGCCUCUGGUACAGUUUACCCUGACCAAAGUCCCAGCAGCAGCAGCAUCCUUAUCAAAGUGUACGGGCCAAGCGGUGACAUCUUUACUCAUGCAAAACUGCAGGAGUAAGAUUUUGGCUUGAGCAAGGACUGCAUAAAACCUAAGCAAGGACCUCGUGAUUUGGCUCAAAGUGUGUUUUGAUCCAUCCACAUUAGCCUUUGGCUUGGUUUGCUUUUCUUAAUGGAAAUCUGCUUGCUCACAGACUUCGGCUGCUGCAUAAGGCCUAUAAACUGGACUCUGUCUCUGUGUCUGUCAGCAAAGCGUGAAAUGCUUGGCACUUGUACAGUAAUGCUUUUAGUAUUAUAUGAGAGAAGGGGAGGCAACCAUACAUAGUGGCCAGUUGUUAGAUGCAGACACUUGAACAGGAUACCUAGAUCCCACAUAUGGAGGCUUGGACUGGCAUUGAGCCAGCUAAAGAAGGCAUUAUGGACUAAAUUCUUAAAUGCCAUUCUGGAUGCACCAAUCGAGACAUUGGUUACCCAUAAACAUUAGUCACCUCUGACAAGUUUGGCAUAUGUACAGACGUAAAUGUCCAUCUGGACGGAGUCAAUGUUAUUGAAGAUUUGUGUUAUACAGGAGGGUGACUGUUUCCUCUUUGUAUCAAGGUUUUCUUUCUACAUGCACUUCACUUUAACAACCUCCAAGACUUGAGAAAAUCUGACAAGAUGGUGUCUUGGAUGGUUCAGGGUGUCACCAGGAUGCCUGCAAAGUUUCAAGUUGAAGAUAGUUUAAAAAUAUACCUUUAUAGUGCAUGCUGGCACUAUCAGCAGUUUCAAGUCCUAGUGGGUUAUCAGAACUUAAAUACAGCAUUUAUUUGAAUAGUUGCAAUAGACGUAGGGAGAGAGCAUGCGUUUUAUUGCAUCUGGCACAAACAUCAACAUAUGAUAAGGCUCAAAACCCAGCAUUUUAGAAUAUCAAGUUCAGCAACAGCAUCUUCUGAAGAUGGAUGGAUUUACAGAAGUGUCAGGCACAGAGACUGGUCAGUGCUAUGACCUGUCAAAAGGCCCAGGUCAAUCUUCAAAGACAACAUUAUUGAGGAGUCAUGUUGAUUUUCAUUGGUGUAAACAGAGCCAAUGGCCUUAUUUUGACCUGAUGGUUUCUAUGUUUUGAAUGCGUAGGAGAAUCAGCGAAGGCUGGAUGGCUCAGUAAUUUGACAGUGAAUCCAGUUAAUGAGGUGGCUGAGUUGCCACAGUGGUUACCUUUUUACCUGGGGCUUAUGUCACAAUUGAAAUCAAUUUUGUGGUCUAACAAAAGUCCCCAUUUGUCCACAUGAUCAAAUCACCGCUGUUGGGAGCCCCACUUCAUCAGUGGU